CGCAUCGUUUAAUAGAAGUGUUUCUCGCGCUCAAAUCAAAUUCGAACUUUCAAAAAAAAAAUAUAAAAUUACGAAAAAGGCCCCUUUUCUCUAUACUCCCCCAAAUCACUAACCUUACGUCCCUACCCGAAAAUUCAAACCAAAUCCAGAAAAUGCCUCCGAGAAGAUCCGCUGCAGCCAGAGGAGGCGCCCAAGGCCCCACACUGAAGCUAAUCGUGGACAAGGGACCGUUAUCCGGUAACACAAGUGAGUUCAGGCCGGGAACCGCGGUCAAGAUCGGCCGCCUUGUCCGCGGCAACACGCUAGCUAUCAAGGACUCAGGAAUAUCCACCAAACACCUGCUCAUCCAAGCCGAAGAUGCGCCGGAUCGGCGCUGGACCGUCUCCGACCUCGAUUCCUCGAAUGGCAGCUUUCUCAACGACGCGCAGCUCGAGCCAUUCGAAGCGGCGGUUCUGUCCCAUGGCGACGUCAUCAAAAUCGGCGAGGAAACGUCGAUUAGGGUGGAGAUCCUUAGCGGGGAGGGUAAUGAAGUCGUUUCCGUGGCGAGGAGGAACACGCGUCGGCGCGGUAGGGAGCAGGUCGUCGAUUUGGGGGUAAUUGACGAGUUUGCCGAGCUAGGGUUACAGAAUAAUGUCGAUGAGGAGAAAAUCGAAGUUGAGGUGAAUCAGGGGAGGAAUGCGAACACUAGAACAACCAGAAAUACAGCGAGAAGUAAGAAUUUGGCUCAGGAUUUGAAUGUGGAAGAGGAUAAAGUCGUAAGCACUAGGAUGACUAGAAAUUCAGCGAGAAAUUUGAAGUUGGCCGUGGAUUUGAAUGUUGAAGAGGAUAAUGGUUUGGAGCCAAGUGAAAUCAAAGGAUCGAGAGGCGUAAGCACUAGGAGGAAGAGGAGGGAAGACAAUGUUGAAGAAACUGUAGUCGAUUCGAGCCUGAUCGAGGGUAAAAAGGCAACGAGAGGUGGAGGAAGGGGGAGGAAGAAGCUGAUUGUGGAGACUAUUUGUGAAGAAACAGAGAAUGAGGAAGCAAAACCGGAGAGCAAAGAAAAGGAAAACAGAUCAGAUAUUGCAGCUGAUGAAGUGAGAAGCUCUGGAGUGGAAGAAUGUGUUGCUGCUGGAGCUACUACUAGUAAAGGGGAGAUGGUGGCAGAUUUGAGUAAGAUGACGUUGGGGGAAUGGCUUGAUUUUGUGGCGGUAUACGAGCCUCAACAGAUCAUUGCUGAAACAGAGGAGAUGCUGGCAGAGAUGAGGCGAAAAGCAGAGAGAUGUCACGAGUUCAUGUUGCAACAGAAGAAAGCGCAAGGUUGAAUGCUUUGAGCAGGUGAAGCUUUUGUGGUAAUUUAUGUGUUCAAGUCCAGGUUAAGUUGGAUUAGUUAUUCUAGUAAUGUAAUAUGUUCAUCUAUGGAAGAAUAGAUCUGCUAGAUAGAUUAUAUUGGACUAUUUUAAUUAUUGAAAAGAAAUAAAAUCAAUAUUUCUGUAAAUGAUAGUACUAACUAGCUCAAAUUAACAUCAUGGUUUAGAAAAAGGUUCUUGUGACUUGUAGAUGAA